UUGGCCCGUCAAAAAUGUUAAGUUGUGGUAGAUUUGUCGGACGAUUGCCAAAACUUACAAGGCAUUCACAUGCUAAUCAUUUCAGUCGUCCUUUAAAAUAUAUCGGAAUUGUCAGUGUUAAUAAUUUAUGGUAUAGUUCCAAUGCUAGUGAUAAGAAAACGUACAAGCCUCCAGGCACUACCAUAAAACCUGAAGAAUGUGUACCCAAAAGUAGGUAUUCCCAACCACAGAGAACUGUCCCUACAUGUGAGUCUCGUCCUAAUGCAUCUUGUCCACCAUCUUGUUAUGAAGCUUGCGAAGAACCAGCAGAUUCACCGAAGUCUAACAAUAAACCACCAUCACCACCCUAUUGGAAGAUACUAGUUGCUUUGCUUAUAGCUGGAGCUACAAUAUAUGCGAUAUCUUCCACAUUAUCUUCUGCAAAGAAAUCUGAAUUUCAAAAGGAUGUAAGUAAGAGAAAGAAGGAUGGAAGAAGACAUAGAAGAUUAUUGGACAAAAAUAAAUCACCCCCAAAUUCUACUUUCAUUCCAAAAGAGGUUCAGUACCUUUUAAUAGGAGGUGGAACUGCUGCAUUUUCUGCAUUUAGAUCAAUUAAAUCUAGAGAUCCUAAAGCUAAGGUGUUAGUAGUAACAGAAGAAAAUGACUUUCCAUAUAUGAGGCCACCAUUAUCUAAAGAACUUUGGUAUAACACAGACAGAAAAAUAAGUGCAGAGUUAUUUUUUAGGCAAUGGAAUGGAACACAAAGAAGUAUAUUUUAUGAGCCAGCAGAAUUUUAUUCACAAGUCAAUAAUUUGGUUGAAUCUGAUAAGGGUGGGGUAGCUGUUGCUACAGGUUGGAAAGUAACAAAAAUUGAUGUUCAAAAUAAAACUGUGACACUUGAUGAUGGUUAUGAAUUAAAGUAUGAGAAAUGUCUGAUUGCAACUGGUGCUUCACCGAAAAAUCUUCCAGUCUUUGAAUCAAUUGAUGAUGAACUUAAAGAUAAAAUUAUAACAUUUAGAACAAAAGAAGAUUUUCUUGAUUUAGAAGACAGUGUGCAUAAUCCUAAGUAUAAAAAUAUAGUAAUAAUUGGUGGAGGAUUUCUUGGAUCAGAACUUGCUUGCUCAUUAGCCCGUAAUUUACCUGAAGACAAAAAAGUAUAUCAAGUAUAUAAAGAGAAGUUUAUAAUGGAUCAAGUAUUACCGCAAUAUUUAAGUGAAUGGGCAACAAAGAAAGCAAUGUUAGAAGGUGUUCAGUGUAUUCCUAGUUCUGAAGUUGAGGAUUAUUCCUACAUAAACGGAAAGAUGUCACUUGUUCUUUCAGGAAAUCAUAUUAUAGAUGCUGAUCAAGUUAUUGUAGCUGUAGGGGUUGAACCAAAUACUGAACUGGCAACAGUUUCACAUUUAGAAACAGAUCCUGAUAUAGGUGGCUUCCUUGUAAAUGCAGAAUUAGAAGCUAGAAGCAAUCUUUGGGUUGCUGGAGAUGCUGCCUGCUUUUAUGAUAUUAGACUCGGUCGAAGAAGAGUAGAGCAUCAUGAUCAUGCUGUAGUUUCGGGAAGGUUAGCUGGAGAAAAUAUGACUGGUGCAGGAAAACCAUAUCUACAUCAGUCAAUGUUUUGGUCUGAUUUGGGCCCAGAGGUUGGGUAUGAAGCCAUUGGUAUUGUAGAUUCUUCACUGCCAACUGUAGGUGUUUUUGCUAAAGCAUCAGAAUCCAAUGUUUCAACAAUGCCAACUUCUAAUUCAAAUGAAACAACUCAGUCUUUAGAGGAAAAAGAGAAAUUGAGUUCAGUGCAAAGUUCUAUAAAAUCGGGAACAGUAUCUGAAACAGUAGAAAGUAGUGACCAAGCCGCAAGUUCAACGGAAACUGAUAAAUCAGAAUGUGAUGAUAAAAAUACAAUAACAGAGGAACCUAAGAAACAUGAUGAUUUUGGGAAGGGGGUUAUUUUUUAUUUAAGAGACGAUAUUGUGGUUGGAAUAGUCCUUUGGAAUAUCUUUAAUCGGAUGUCAAUUGCUAGACAGGUACUUGCCAGGGGCGCGAAAUACGAUGACUUAAAUGAAGUAGCAAAACUGUUUACUAUUCAUGAUGAUUGAUUCCCUCAAGGCAAAAAUGUGAUGAAUACAUGACAAUAUUAUGUCAUUGCUGUAUAUAAGGUUAUUUAUCCACUAAUUCCGAAGCAUAUUUUACCAA